UGAUUGUGAGUUUAAUAUAUGUUAAAUUUAACAGUUAAUGUUUUACCCUCUUGGGUAAAUUCGUUCGACUGUCAAUUAUAAAUACGGAUUCAUUAAAAUAAAUUUAAUAUUUAUUUUUUUAAUAUACGAAUUAUGGUUCCUUGAGGUUUCAAAUCCAACGUCAGUAACUGUUACAAAUUUUGAGUUUGUUAAACUCCGGUAAAUUAAUAAUCAUUUUUUUCAUACGUAUAAACAUAAAAUUUUAUCCUAUUUAAGCUACGGUCUACUUAACGCUACACAAACAGGGAAGAAUCUGAGAACGGCCACCGCGGCCUUUUUCGUGCGACCAUAGCCAAAGGCUACCGCUCUCAAGUUCCUCUCUGCUACAAACGUUUCGAAGUAUUCUUUGAUUGGUCAAUUCGUAAGAUUCUUAAUUUUAUUAAUAUUUUCAAAGCGACACGAAAUGAUGCCAUCUACUUCCGCUGAGUCGGCUGGCUUAGUCACGUGGUCACGAGCGCGCGACAAAAGCGCGGGUAACCGUCAUUUAAAGAAGCCAUUGGAACUAUUGGAAGCCACGAGCCGCGAGGAGUACUUGUUGAUCCGGAGGACGAAGAUUUAUCGUAGCGUGACAUCCACAUUUCUUUACGCCAAAUUUAUUAACACGAGCGUGAAAAGAAGCACGAUACCAUGUUCGAGGCACGCCUGACGCAGAGCGCGAUCCUGAAGAAAGUGUUGGACGCGGUGAAGGACCUUCUGACCGAGGCGACUUUUGAAUGCUCAGACUCGGGGAUUCAGGUCCAGGCGAUGGACAACGCGCACGUCUCUCUGGUCUCGUUGAAUCUCAGGAGUGACGGUUUUGACAAAUACCGCUGUGAUCGAAAUCUUUCGAUGGGGAUGAGCAUCAGUUGCAUGUCGAAGAUUCUGCGAUGCGCUGGUUCAGAAGACACGGUAACUCUUAGAGCAUUGGACAAUCCUGAGUCUGUUGUUUUUAUAUUCGAAUCGCCGAACAAAGACAAGCUGGCCGAAUACGAUAUGAAAUUGAUUAACAUGGAUCAGGAGCACCUGGGCAUACCUGACACCUCGUACUCGUGCGUCGUGAAAAUGCCAACCGCAGAAUUCACUCGCAUAUGCAGAGAUCUGAGCCAAUUUGGAGAAUCUAUAACUUUUGCAUGUAGCAAGGAGGGUAUCAAGUUCAGCGCGUCCGGUGAUUACGGCUCAGCUAACAUCAAAUUAGCGCAGACUGCGGACGCGGAUAAUGAAGAAGAAGCGGUAAUAGUUAAUAUGCAAGAACCAGUGAAAUUAACAUUUUCCUGCCGUUAUCUGAAUUGUUUUGUAAAAGCUGGUCCUCUCUGCAACCAAGUUCAACUGUCCAUGUCCGACGACGUGCCUUUAGUCUGUGAAUACAAGAUCGGUGAUAUUGGACACAUCAGAUAUUACCUGGCGCCCAAGAUCGACGACGAGGAAGAAAAUAACUAAAAAUAACGAUGUAGAAAUUAGACAUUUGUAUAAAACUGAACUGUAAUUAACGGUACUGUAUUGUGUCAUUAAUUGUUUCGGAAAAUCUUGUCCUAUUAUAGCGUUCGACAUCGUCGAAUAUUUAUUUCAAAUAAUAAUUCAGCAUAAUAAAUUUCAAGAAGAUGA